GGAAAAUACUAAUGUAGCGCGCGAAGAAAGAGUGUAUUUCUUCACCAAUUUAUUGCUAUACUUGAUAUGCCUGAAACCUUAUUCAGGCGCAGAUUCGAUAAUUUUUUUUUUAAAAAGAUCUUGUUUUCUCCGUUUUAUUUAUUAUAUCUCAUUGUUUUUCUAUUUCUCCUCCUCCUUCGCCCUUUUCCUUCUUUCUAUACCGUAUGUCAAAGAUGCUGAAAAGUGAAAAAGGAGCGACGAAUUUUGUCGCCAGUACCCAUUCCGAAAGUAUAAUAGACUUUGAAUUUGGCAAAGAGGGCUACGAUGUUGACCGGACAAAUGGUUCUUCAUCCUGGUACGCAUUUUACAGCAUUGUCUGUCUUGUUGCAGGCACGGGCAUGUUGGGUUUGCCAUUGGCCCUCAGAAAAGGUGGUUGGGCCGGUCUCGUCAUGCUGAUUCUAGCAUGGUGGAUGUCUAUCUAUACAGGCGUCAUCAUGCAAACGUGUAUGUACAAGGGCAAAAACCGACGACUGGCGUCUUUCAAAGAAAUUGCCACUACAUCAUUUGGCUCAAUUGGAGGCUGGGUCUCCUUCUUUUUCACAACGUGGAUCUAUAUCGGUACAGCUGUCCUGUACGUAGUACUCGCAGCCAGCAACUUGAAUCAACUGUGUGAAGGCACAGCAGGUGAACUCGGUACUUUUGCAUGGACCAUCAUCUGGUGUGGUGUUAUCGGCAUUCCGUACAUUUUUGCAAAAUCAAUGAACAACGUUGCAUGGACCAGUCUUUUGGGUUUGGUUGCUGUUAUGACUACGAUGCUGAUCACAAUUAUCUUGGCCGGUAUCGAUGCUCCUAAUCACACCGACAGCCACAAAGAUAACGUUAUUUGGGAUGGUUUCCCCGUCGCUCUCGCCACCAUGUCGUUCAGUUUCGGCGCCAAUGUCGUCUAUCCAAACAUUGAAGGCUCGAUGAAGAACCCUAAGCGCUGGCCUUUUGUUGUGACCGGUGCCUUGAGCUUUGCCGCUGUCAUGUAUAUCGCAAUUGCAGUUUGCGGCUACUACAUUUACGGCAUCGAUGUUGUCAGUCCUGUUUAUAACAGUGUUCCCCCCGGCCCCGCACGUAUCGUUGCCAUCGUCCUGAUCACCAUCAAUUCCGUCGUCUCUGCACCUAUCUUGCUUGUAUCCUUUGCAUUAGACGUCGAAGAUAUGCUCAACAUUACCGUCGAACGGUUCGGAAAAACAAAAGAAUUUCUUAUUCGUACAUGUCUACGUGCGGCUAUCAUGGUGUUCGUCGGUGCUAUCGGCAUUCUUAUCCCUUUCUUUGACUUGCUCAUGUCUUUACUCGGUGCUUUCGCCAACUGUGCAAUCAUCUUCAUUUUCCCGGUUCUUUUCUAUUGGCGCCUUACCGGGUUCCGUAACAAGAAGAUUUAUGAGUUGGCGUGGAAUUGUUUAAUCAUUCUGGUCGGUCUCGUUGGUCUGAUCUUUGGUACCAAGACCGCCAUUGAAGAUUUGAUCGAUACCUUUGCUGAUGGUUAUCAAUACAAUAUCUAACACCAGCAAAACUAGACAAUUCGUGUUCUUUUAUUUGUUUCUCUUUUUUUGUGCUAUGUGUAUUUUAAUACCGUAUAUAUCCCCUCUUUCUGUAUGUAUCUUUAUUACUCC